UUGGGGUGCCGUACCUGGCCGCCGCGCGGUGCCUUCGGCGCGCGUCUAGAUACGCGCGUCUCGACGACCGGCGUCUCAGUGUCGUCGCGACGACCGACGUCGUACCCGUCGUUCCGGCGUCGACGGUCCCUCUUGCGGCUCUCCUUCGCACGGUGGAUCGCGAUCCAUAGUAACCCGACGACUCUCGUUCCGUGGCCCUCUUCUCGUUUCUUCACACUCGCGUCUCCGUCGUCGCCAUUUUCUCCCGCGUUCUCGUUGCUCACGUUCUCGCCCCGAGAUCGCGGAUCAUCCACGCGUCGGAACCCAUCGAUCCGACGAUCGAGCGGCCCGAUCCCCUGGAUCGAAGGGGGCUACAGUGAAGCGACGUUGGCAGGCCACCAGAGUGGAUCAGUGUCGUUUGGAGAGAUCGACUAGGUGCAUCGAAACGAUCGGCCACUGUGAUAGAAGCGCGCAGGUGAUCCGUUCAGACUGAUCCACUCCUCGCAGGAGGAUCAGCUGAUCGCGUGGCUGGAACAGCGUGUCGAUCAGCUCGCUUUCUAGAGAGUCUGCUUGGUCGGGUCGCCGAUUUCUCGACGUGCUUUUGGAACGCGGUGAUCUCUGUCACAGAAGCCCAUUGGAAGAUCGAAGCUCCUAGACACCGUCUCCCCCUGAGGAAGCCAAUAAAUCCUCGAGAGAACGCAGACAGCGAAGGAGAAACCCUUUACCUCUCUGCUUGCUCGAGCAUGCUAACGAGACGCGACCAGGAACAGACCUAGCCUCCUCGAGAUAUAGAAAAAGUCCCGGAAGAUUCUUGGAUAGAGAUCGAGAAAGGCAAAGAAGGGAAGAAACGAAGGCUCGGAUCGACCAGAAGGUCGACUCGUUGGUCCCAGGCGACAGAGGAGAAGAAGGGUGUCGGAGAGGUGGUGCAGAUGAGGCCACGAUCAAUCUGCGACAGGGUGGCGGAGGAGUAUUACGAGCCUGACGGUUGUUACUGCGAAAAUCGGUGCUUCUGACAGCCGGACGGCAGGAGGGACAGACAGACGGUAGUGUGCCACAGCAGCCGCAGUGCUUGCGAAUACUCGAUGGAUGAGUUCCAUCCAUUCAUUGAGGCCCUCCUACCAUUCGUGAAGUCUUUCUCGUACACGUGGUUCAACCUACAAGCCGCCAAGAGGCGUUACUACAAGAAACACGAGAAGCGGAUGAGUCUCGAAGAGGAACGUCAGUGCAAGGAGGAGCUCCAGAACGAGAAGCUGGAGGUGAAACAGAAAUGGGCCUCGCGGCUUUUAGGCAAGUUACGAAAGGAUAUCACGCAGGAGUACAGAGAGGACUUCGUACUGAGUAUCACGGGGAAGAGGCCAGCCAUGUGCGUCCUGAGUAAUCCUGACCAGAAGGGUAAAAUGCGUCGUAUCGACUGCCUGCGUCAAGCCGAUAAGGUAUGGAGGUUGGACCUAGUAAUGGUGAUCCUCUUCAAGGCAAUUCCGUUGGAGUCGACGGACGGGGAACGGCUGGAGAAGACUGCGGAAUGUGCUCAGCCGGGCCUUUGCGUCAACCCCUAUCACAUCAACGUCUCCGUCCGGGAACUCGAUCUCUACCUCGCCAAUUUUAUCACCAGCCACGAGGUCCUAAACGGCAUCUGCAACGCGAGCAAGGAGGAAGAGAGGCGGCGAAAAGGUGCAGGCUACCACGAACUAUAUAACGGUGUUGUCUGCAAUGACACGAUCCUAGCGACAGGUGUCUUCAGCUCCAAGGAGCUCUGGAUGCUUUCAAAAGCGUCCAUACUGCAUGACCUCAGCGACAUGCAGCCUCAAAUAAACGCGAUCAAAAUAGAGCACCCGCCGUACUACUGCAGCAGCUACACCCCUCCGUCCGCAGCCACGGCCGCGGAUCAUGCUCAGCCAGCGGCUAGCUUCAGCCCACCACCGGUGCAUCAGCUCAUAAGGAACGACAAGACUGAAAAGCCUCCAACGGUUUCCGUGUCGAGUGCGCCGACAUUCUCGCCGGUGCUCAGGCCCGAGGAUGGUCACCGUGGAAUGGACUCUCCGCACUCGCAGACGGGAUUGCACUCUCCGCACGAAGGACUGGCCGGUGGUUCCGGUCAAAGUAUGUCCGGACUCGCCUACUAUCAGCCGGAGCACCCUGCCUCCGCGGGGGUGGUGAAGUACCCCGAGAACGGUCACGACACCCUGUCGGAUUUCGUGACGUUCGUCUGCCAGGAGGCCGAGAAUACCCAGCAACUGCCCCAGGCGCAGCUAGCCGGACCCCGCACUGGUAUACAAAAGUUCUCACAGUAUUAUCCGAGCUCGAUGCUGCCGCCCCCGCCGCCGGCCCCGAUGGCGAGGCCCGUCGCCAUUAUAAGGUCGACAGGCGAGCUGACGGCCACGAGCUCGAACUCGCCCCCCACCUCGUCGACCUCGCCCACGGACCCAGCCGAACUGGCGUCCAAUCAGGAGCAAAUGGCCGCCGCGGCAGCGGUGGGACUGGUCAGUUCCGGCUGCCAGAGCUCCGUCGAUCCGGCCGGAAGGAAGAGCCCAGCAAGGAUCCUCGUCACUGCGCCGCACACCAGCCGGGAGUACACCUUUGCUCACUUUCACUCUCAACCUGGACAGCAAAUAUUCACGUAUCCUACCAUCAGCUCGAUGUCAGGGGUGAUCUCCCCGACGAACCUCUCCCUGUUUUCGUCGCCAGUUUCGGUGACGAGGCCGGUGGCCACCCAGAGAUCGGUCUCUAACGUGCCCCCUCGCUGGAACACCGCGCCGUUUAUCAACCUCGAGGAUGACUACAACAUGAUCGCGCCAAUCAUCACUGGGACUGCCAGCGAACCCCCCUCCGCUAUGGACGAAGAACGGUACUUCCACCCGGUGCACACGAGCAGCGUGGUGGACAAGAGCGGCGCUGGUAACCUGAUGGGCACAGAUCUAGGUGUGGCAACAGACCCAACCUCGCACCACCAUCAACAGUCCCAGCAGCCUCAGCAACAGCCUCAACAGCCCCCUCAGCAACAGCAACCGUCACAGCAGCAGCAGCAGCAACAGCAGCAGCAACAAGUGAUGCAGGACAAGAGCGGCAGACCGAAGUCUCCCCCGUGACACUGGAGGCUUAGAGCGGAAAGCGUCGAGAAGCUCGCAUGUUCCACGGGGUCGUUACUCACCGGCGCGUACGAUAAUUACCCUGAGCCGGAGGGGAAUCGCCAGGAUUCCUCGUGUCGUGUUCAGCUUCGCGACCUAAGCCUGCGGAGAAUCGAGUGCCUGAGAGUCUGAUCGUAGUUUAAGCGGGCCGCGUCGAGGGAACGUUCGUGACGCUUCCGGCGAACGGGGCCUCCGCCAUUGCUGUGUCGAGGGGGGCUGAACCGGGGUUUAGGUCCUGGCUUCGCGACCACGCGGGGCUUGCUCUUGACCCUCUGAGGUUUGGUGCCUUUGUCGCUUCCAGAUCUAACAAUUCUGCAAUUCUCACUUCCUUUCUCACCGACUCUCUAAUCGAUCUUCGAUCCUUAGACAUCAGUUAUGAUCUAUUAGACUAUUAGCAUGCUCUUUGAAUCGUUAAUUGUAUCUUAAGACAAUUUUAUUGAUACACGAGGUAUAGAUGAGGCUUUUAAAAUUGUUUCUCUCUCAUAAUCUCUGUCUGUAACUUUUCGUUCACGUUGUGAUCGUUUGAAUACGUUAAUGGGAAUUUGAUGAGUUGUCAAAUUUGGAAAACUAAAUUUUCUGCGAGGAACGAAAGGCAUUUUCAGCCCUCUGGGGGUCAACGUUUCGGUCAAUUAUUACUUCCGCGCCACCGGAAGCGUCGUUCUUCUCUCUCGACGCGCUGUUAAAUUCUAACUCUUUCUCUCUCUCUCUUUCCCCCCCCCCCUCUCUCUCUCUCUCUCUCUCUUUCUCUUUCUCUUUCUCUCUCUCUCUCUUAAGUGUCCUCGACGGACGUGAGUAAGGACCCCUCAUUUCGUCUCCUAAUUGAAAGGUCUCCGAUUGUCGCCGAUCGAUUCCGUCGACCGAUAAAAUCCGCAGACGAUUCAACAUUGAAUAAAAAUCGGAAAAGACACAACGAAACGGGAAAAGAACGAAAGAAGAACGGGCAGAGAACGAACGAAUGGAAAUACUAGAGUAGGGUAUCGUUUUCCGCGCGAUUUUAUAACGACCGUCUGUUUCCUAUUCUUCCUGCUUCGAGACCCUUCCGGGACGCGUGUUUCUGUACAUACACGCUCCGUGGUAUUUUGUAAAAUUAUAGAGGACGUUAGAGUAGUCGCGUCUCUGCGUGGUAAUGCGAAAAAUAAUAUGAAAAAAGGAAAAAAAAAAAAAGAAGGACGGGCGUAGGAGUAAAAGGAGAAAAGAGAAACGUAAUUCGUUGCGCUCUUCGAGGAAGGGUUUAACGUGGAGAUUAUACAAGGGAACGGAGAGAUUGAAGAAAAGAAAAAUUUCUAGUGCCAAUUUCGUAGUUUAUAAAUAUUAUAACGAAAUUAUAAUUUUCUAUUAUAUUUUUUUAUAAUAUUUAUGAAGGAACACAGACACGUACGCACACGUACAUAUGCUUGUUUAGACGACACGUGAACAGGUGUAGAGAUAACAAAGGAAGCUUCUUCUUCGAUGAUCGAGAAAUGGAACAUUUUUAAAAAAGGGAAAAUAUGUCGAAAACUGGCGAUUAAAUAUAUAUAUAUAUAUAAAAUGAAUAAGAGAAAAAUAGGGAGAAGGUCGAGGGGAUCCGAUCGACGAGUAUCGGUCAGAACGAAAGCUAACCGGUCCACGAACCACGGAUAAUAAUAUUAAUUAUAAUAUUAACAGUAACGAUAAUUGAUAACUUUAUAAUUGUAUCGUUGAUUAAUCGCCUAAUGCUCAGGCUAGUGCUGACACUAGUGGAAAGAAACACAGAGGAAAACGAAAAAAGAGAGAAGGACUAGUCGCGCGGACUAGUCACCAGAGGCUGCUAGUUAGAAACAAAGUGAAUAUUUAAUAUUGAUUACUAUGGAUAAAUUAAGCGGUUAACUAAUUACAAGAUAUUUCACCACGACGAUUAAACGGUAUAAUGGCGCGCGUGAAUGAGAGGACGAAGACGGAAGAAACUGAAGACGAAGAGGAGGAAGAGAAGGAGGAGGAGAAAGUCGAAGAGAACUAAAACGAGACUAUAAAAGAAAUUGGGAGAAGAGAGGACGAUGUUUCGAGAUAGUGAGAGAUCUAUAGUUAUUAACUUAGGAAUUUAGUGUAACGUCGCGCAACGAGAUAAUGUAACAUCGAACUCGACGACAACGAAGGUCCUAAACUAUAAUAUUGUAUAUUGUCCAAAAGUGCUUUCCGUCGACUGUACGUUAAAUGAGGGUGUCUGACGAUACGAGGCGAAUGUUUUUCUUUUUCUCUAUUUUUUUUCUAUUUUUUUUUUCUUUCGAAUAGAACUCUUCCGCUGCCAGCUUGUAAAGAAAGAUCAAAGGAAACACGAAGUCUUGUUAAUUAAAGGGUACCAUUUUCUUUAGGUCUCUGAUCAACGAUAUCAAAACCUCGAUGAUGUUACGAUACCGCGAAAAUAGUAAGAAAAUGAACGUUGGCAGAAUAUCGUGCGAAGGAUACCGAAACGUUGUCUAUUUUAUACGAAGGAAAUCCGCUUCUGGCAGCGCGAGGGUUGAAACACAAGCACGAGGGGCGACCUGUCCACUUUGUAACUCCUAAGAUAGCGAUUCCCAAGGAACCCCUUAAGAUGCGCUUAAUAUACUCGCUAGGCGAUCAGGUAGUUCUUCGAGGUGGUUCUUUCUGGGUUUGUGUAAAGUUUCACGAGAGUCCCUUUUGUUUUUUCUCUCUUUCUCUCUUCGAGUGAGGUUGAAAGGGUGCGUGGCGUCCCUGCCCAUUAGCGACGACUGGAUCCAACGAUCGUGGAACUCGAUUGACUCGCGCCCCAUUCGUCGUUACGACAAACGGAGAAAGGAAAAGGAAGGUUCCACGUUGUCACGAGCGGUUGCUUUUCAACUUAGUUCGGUCUGUUCCGUUACCAUCGACCAUUCGAGAAAUAAGAUGGCGAUCGUUCACAGCCAAGUGGUUCACUUUUUCAUUGUAUCUCCUCCCCUGAUCGUUUGUCCGUGCUUCUACGUGCCUUUGGGAAUUAACAUCUUCGUAGUGACUAACAGUCCUCUAGAAUCCAGAGCUUUCGUUGCGAGUGGCUUUCCUUUGUAGAGCUUGGGCGUCGUUGUACCUAGUUUAUCAGAGAUCCAUUAGGAGCCGAUCUUCCUUUAGGAGCCCCGGAUCUUAUAUUUGCGUGAAUGUAACCGAUCACCAUCGCUCGGUACCUAGACCUCCGUUGUACCGAGGUGUAGGAGGGGAAAACGCGGUGAGGGAACUCGAAAGAGGAAUUGGAGAGAAGAGGAUGGGUCCAGGGUCAAGUCGAAGUCGCGGUAAAAUGGGAGGAAUGGAGGCACCCUGUCAAUCGGUUCGUAGUGAUAGUACAAAGAACUUGAGACUAGCGUUAUCGAUAAACUAGCGUUAAUGAGAACCAGGCGUAA